AUCCCCUUGACCCCCACGUGAACACAAACUACCGUAGCCACUUCCUGAUUACUUAAUCUAUUAUUUUGUGUGAAAAGGGGAUGAGGUUUGCUGAGAGAAUAGCUGCCCAUUGAAACUGGAUUAGAAAUUCAGACAAAAUGAGCUGGAUGCCUUUCAAGAUUGGACAACCAAAAAAGCAGAUUGUUUCCAAAACAGUUGAAAGAGACUUUGAACGAGAAUAUGACAAGCUCCAAAAGUUGGAAGAUCAGACAAAGAAGCUCCACAAAGACAUGAAGAAAAGCACAGAGGCUGAUAUAGCGAUGUCCAAGGCAGCAGUGAAGAUCUCAGGUGACCUGCUCAGUAACCCGCUAUGUGAACAGGACCAGGCCUUCCUGGAGUCCAUGACGGCUCUGGACACAGCCAUGAAGAGGAUGGACUCCUUUAACCAGGAGAAGGUGAACCAGAUCUCCAAGACGGUGAUCGAUCCUCUGAAAAAGUACAGCAGUGUGUUCCCCAGCCUCAACAUGGCCGUGAAACGAAGGGAGCAAGCUCUACAGGACUACAAGAGGUUGCAGUCCAAGGUAGAGAAGUAUGAAGAGAAGGAGAAGACAGGUCCCAUCAUGGUCAAACUACACCAGGCCAGGGAGGAGCUGAGACCAGUCAGGGAGGACUUUGAAUCCAAGAACAAGCAGCUGUUGGAUGAGAUGCCCAAGUUCUACCACAGCCGCAUCGACUACUUUCAGCCCAGCUUUGAGGCACUCAUCCGGGCACAGGUGGUGUACUUCACAGAGAUGCACAAUAUCUUCAGUGAGUUGACGGAUCAGAUCGACCAGGCAGGGCUGACUGAUGAGCAGAGGGAGAGGGAGAACGAGGCCAAGUUGAAUGAGCUGCGUGCUCUGUCCAUUGUCGCUGAUGACUGAGAGAACACCAAGGGGAAGGGCUCCCUCUAAACCUCUGGCCUUGCCUCCUUUCACACCUCAGUGAAUGGAUUUAUCUUUUUCAGGAUCCUUCUCACUGUGAAAAUGGACCGCUUUGGUCAUAGCCUAAUCAUUAAUAGCUUUCUUGCACUAAUCUCUCCUGACAUCGAAAGAAACACAGAGCAACUGCCACAUUUACCAAGCCAUCAGCCAAUAUGUAUAUAUUUUUUAAAUCAUGUAAUGAAACCGUUCUAAGAACUAACUUGUGGUUCACACCAUAAAAUUACAAAUAGUACUAUAGAUUUAUAAGAUCCCUGUGGGUCGCUCCAUACUCAACUUUGAAUCCGUUUUCUAGUCAUUUCCAAAUCAAGGUAUGUACCAAAAUAUGCAUUUCAUCAAGUCUGUAUACCAGAAUUAAUUUAUUGAAACAAAUUGGAUAGUACUGUAUGCGAACUUGAUGAAAUGUGACUAGGGUGGUGGGUCGAAUCGCUCCAUUUGUGUUAUUCACUAUUUCCCCUCGAGGUUUAUGCACACUGAUCUAGCAUGUGCAUUGUGGACCGGGAACUUGAGGUAAAAAUUAUUUAAAGUUACCUGUAGUAUUUAACACUAGCCACUCCAGCUUCCUGACUGUCAUUAUUCUUCAGAUCUGCGAUGGUGUCUGUAUAAAGGAGUGUCAACAUUUCUUUGGCUGUUGCCUAAUUGUCCCCUGCUUCUGAAAGGCUAAGGAAUAAUCUGACAUUGACUGAGAUGGUCCUUUUUACCCUUCUUCGCAUAGGUUUAGAGGACUUGCUUUCCAAAACAAAUGCUGUUGCUCCCUCUAGUGGCACUUAGUUCAUUUGACCAUAUCUACGUUCUUUGUCAUGUUGAGGGAAACCUCUUGCCUUUCGUUUGUGGACAGCUAUGCACUAAAUUAGCGUAGAUUUGUUGUUAAACUUCUGACAGGCCUGGCUCAACAUUGAGUGAGAUACUUGACAUGUAAUAUAUUUAGCGUGGGUUUUAUUAUUUUUGUUACCAUCUGUUUAAACUUUUUGCACAAUCAUGCAAUACAUGGGUUUCCUUCAACUAAAUAAAACUGAAAUACAAUAAUUUCUUUAUUC